GUAUCUUUUCCCCCUUCCUCGCCCCUCGUUAGGUUUCGUUUGUUUUUGGGUUGAGCUUCCGCCGCUAUAGACGAGGCUGCCGGAGGGAGGGGGGACCUUCGCCCCUGUUUAAACCCCCUAGUGAAGGAGUUGGCGGUAUGAGCCCUCUGAGCUGCGAGCACCGGGGGCUGGCCGGGGGCUGCAUUCACAAAGCAAGUGAAGAGUUUCUGACCUGUCACAAAGCACUCUAGGGCGUGUCGCUGCCCUGCUAAGGAGGUUUUAGAAGAAUUGCCAGUAGCCACGGUCUUGAUGGAUUGUGGGGGUGUAUAGAUGAAGGAUGAACUGGGACACAGAGCUAAACUCUAUACUGAGUGCAACAGAUGCCAACAUGGCCAAAGUUAAGCAUCGUCUGAACCCAGCCAGCAUAACUUCCAAAGCUGAUUUAUUGCUGGACAGACUAAACCCAGAGAGUGCUGUUCUGACUGAGUCACCACCCUUGCAUUUCACAUGUGCUACUAACCAUUGCUGUAGAAUGGCCACUGAGGAGCUCUCAGCCAUCAGCAAGCAGCUGCAUUCACAAGCUCAGGUCAUAGAAUCCCUCACUCGAGCUGUACAUCAACUGAAACAGGAGAAAGAACUGCAGCAGCACAGUAUCAGUCACUUAGAGGAGGAGGUGGAUCGACUGCAGCAGAGCCCCCAUGGUGGCUUGGAGUCGGAGCUGGGACAGAGGAAGGAAGGGCUAAAGAGUGAAGUCCAUAGUCUUCGGCAGCAGAUGUUUCAGCAGUCAGAUGGUGACUGCACCCCUGAUCUAUAUUCCAGCCCUGGCCUUGUUCAAGAAAUGUUGGAGAGCAAAAAAGUCCUAUGGCGAGAAUGUGAGUCCAUCAGAAGAGAGAUGGAGCAGCUGAAAAAAAAACUUGAUCGGCAAGAGGAAGAUUUGUUCAAUCAAAUGUCUGCAACUCAUGAGAUUAGAAGGACUCAAAGUCAGUACUGUAAGAUGCUGGAAGAUCUGAUGAACAGUCAUAAAACUCAGACUCAGAAUUUGGACAGAGCUAGGAGUGAGUCGCAGGGCACCCGGCAGGAACUCAGUAACGUCAAAUCCACAGUUACCAGCUUAAGAGAACAAGUGAAAAGUCUGCAUGCUGGGGACAAGCUGUGUGCUGUGCCACUGAGGGAGGAAAGCAUUCGCCGGAAAAAAAGGAACGGAUUACAGUAUGACGAUAUCUUGUCAUCCUUUCUGUGUGAUGAUUCAGCUUCCGAGCUCAGUCUCACUGAUGUCAGCUCAGAUGAACUCUUCAGUGAACCAGAAAUUGCAGAACUUGCUGAUGACAAUGAGAUUUCCAUACCUAGCUUGGAGAUGGAGAAGAGCACCCCUGGAGGGAAGGCUAGUAGCAUGUUGGAGGGAGCAGAACUUAACAGUGGGCUGUCCACCAGUCUGCCUGAGCUGAGCUUGAGUGACCUAUAAAGCUUCUCCAAAAGACUGGAUCAUUCUUUCUAGCUUAUAAAAAUUUUAAAGAGAAGAGAAACUUAUGGUGUGCUCCCCUGUAUGCUGAGCUGGUUUUUGUACAGAUGCAACCUGAGACAGAAAGUGGUUUUAGCUUGGUGUGUAACUCAAACAAUGUUAGUACAUUAAAGAAUGAUGUGGGGGCUUGAAUCUGUUCAAUAAUGCUGUGUGUUUGUCUUGUCCAAUGGCUUCUUGCUUUACUUUCCAGAAAAGAACAGUUAAGUUGCUGUUUCCUGUGUGUGUGCUUGUAAGGGAAAGGAGUUCAUGUUAAGACUUUCAAGAACUAGUAAUUCAUAAUAUCCAUAUUUUGCCAUGUUAAAUGUGUGCACAGUUUAAGAUCAUGAUUUGUUUGUUUCCUUGCAAAUCAGACUGUGUGGUGCUCAGUUCAGACUAAUCCACCUGGAGGCAUUUCUGUCAGUCUGUUGAACCGACUGUGUCCACAAAACAUCUUCCUGUCUGCAUUCAGCACGCUUGAUGCAAAAUGAGGAGGAAAGGAAGCAGUACAUACUUGCUUCUUCUGAUGGACUAAAUUAGCCUUAUUGGGACAGUGAGUGAUGUCCUAUAUGUACUGUCAAGUGUCAAGCACAGUCUUACUGCUGCUGGAUGUACAUUACAGCCCAGUAAAAUGUUUUAGUGACAUGCCCCCAUAGGGUCUUCCACCUAAGACCAGGAGGGGAUGUUUAGGAAGUACUGUGGAAGUCUAGCCUGUUUAUACACACAGAAUUGUUGUGCUGAGGAGGAAUAGACUGUGGUAUCUACCUCCCUAAAUACAUAUUUGCCUGAGUGAUGGUGUCACUUCUGAGGGUCAGGUUGGGGGGCGGGAAUGUACAGUUUCCUAAAUAAAAAUAUAUGGCAAAAUGACACACUUAUCAGUGUCCUUUCUGCCCCAGACAGAACUCUGGUGGUCCUACUGAUUAAAAUCUGGAAAGAAAUAACAGGCAUGGAUGUGCAAUUUGGUAUAGGACCCUUCUGUUUAACUUUGAAAUACCUAAUGUGGGCUUUGUGGUGACAGGAUGGCUUAUUUGUCCUAAAAUUGCAGCUGUUACAACUGCAUCUUCACCUUGCCGAGGUUCAGAUGAAUAGUACCAGUUCAUUACAAUGGAUUCAGAGUCCUCACCACAAUCAUAAUCUGCCUGUGUAAUGUAGUUACCUGGAUUUCAUGUGUGUGGUCACAUCAGCACAUUGCACAAAGUUGUGUCUUAUACUUCCAAAUACUGUUCAAGAAGCAAGCCUGCGUGGAAAUCUUGGGAGAACCGGCUGGAGCAGGCAGCAUAUCUAAUUUCAAGAAAAACUCUCUUUGGAAAGAAAAAGAAUUAAAGAUGGGGAAAAGGAGAGAAAUUAGCCCACAGGAUUAGAUCAACAGAUGUUCUUUCUUGGUUCAAAGUGCUGGGCAAAUGCCAUCUGCUCCAGUUUAUAACACACAGGCUUGUUUUUAUGUGUAAAUAACUGUGUUUGGGUGACAAAUCCUGUGUUCGCAAGCAAAUUUGACUGGUGCAUGGUUCACUUGACACUGGUAUCUGAUAGAAUUUAAGCUUUGAUAAAUGGAAAGGAUGUAUGUAUGGAAUAAAGUUUGAGGUAGCCAAAUUCCCUCUUUUAACUUCCUGAGUGAUUUCAGUGCACCAUGAUUAAGUAUAACAGGAAUUAUCUGCUUUACCAGUUGAGUUCCUGCAUUAUAGUGUCCCUCUAAGGUAGGUUUGCCAGGUCUUACCUGGCUGUCAGUGGGGGGCUCCCUCUUUGUCCCCUGGAGCUUUUGGCGCACGUGCUGUGAUAACAUCACCUGGAAGUGACGUCAUCAUGCUGGGCACGUUGCAG